GGGAUGAUCCAGCUGAUGGUACUGCUGUACAACUGGGUGUGGAAAAACGAGUGUACGCCAAGAAGUAGAUGGAGGGAAGGAGUGUUUGUGAACUUGUUGAAGAAAGGAGACAAGACUGAACCAGGAAACUACAGGGGGGUCACACUGUUGAACACAGUAGGAAGAGUGUUCUGUAAGCUGCUGAACGAUAGGAUAGUGGGAGUAUUGGAGAAGGAACAUAGCAUUAGUGAGGGCCAGGCAGGUUUCCGCAAGAAGAGGGGGUGCGUAGACCACGUAUUCACGGUAGGGAGAGUCAUCCAAGGUACAAAGAGGGCGGGAAAGCCGACGUAUUGCUUCUUCCUAGACAUGAAAAAGGCAUAUGAUACCGUAUGGAGAAUAUGGGCUAUGGAAACAACUGUCCAAAUACGGGAUCAAGGGGAAAAUGUGGAAAGUGCUGAAGAAGAUGACAGAGUGUACGAAAAGCGCGGUCAUGUUAGACGGAGGACUGAUUCUUCGACAUAG